GUUUAUUAUUGCUAAUUAAUUGGAUUACUGGAAUGGACAGGUUGUUGCAGUUAAGCAAUUGGAUAGAAAUAGGCUUCAGGGUAAAUUUAAUCGGUUACUGUGCUGAUGGGGACCAGAGGCUACUUGUCUAUGAGUUCAUGCCCUUGGGAUCAUUGGAAGAUCAUCUUCAUAAUCUUCCACCUGAUAAAGAACCAUUAGAUUGGAAUUCAAGAAUGAAGAUAGCAGCAGGUGUGGUCAAGGAUUUGGAGCAUCUUCAUGAUAAAGCGAAUCCUCCUGUCAUUUAUAGGGAUUUCAAGUCAUCUAACAUAUUACUGGAUGAAGGGUUUGUUCCAAAGCUUUCAGACUUUGGGCUGGCGAAACUUGGUCCUACUGGAGACAAGUCGCAUGUCUCCACAAGGGUCAUGGGAACUUAUGGUUAUCGUGCUCCUGAGUAUGCUAUGAGUGGGCAAUUGAUGGUGAAAUCUGAUGUCUACAAUUUUGGGGUUGUCUUCCUGGAACUUAUCACUGGACAGGAACAUAUGGAUAAGCGGGAGAAGGAGAUUCAAGAACUACGGUUGCUUGGUGCAUCAAAUGAGAAGGCUUAUGCUGUUUUUCACAAUGCUGGAUAUCUACUUCAGAAUGUUCCUGGUCAAUCUUGGAGGUACAGCUGAUAUCAAUAUCGAAUAAUGUAUUCUGACUUGUGGGAUUGACGAAUCCAUAAAAGAUGAAAGUUCUACAAAUUAGCUUUGUCAUCUUCUGUUUUGGGAUUUGAAUCUAGAGUUGAAUAAUGUUACAUUAGGUUUUAGACAGCAGAAUCUAGAUUCAUGUCUGUCUUUGUUGUUGUAAACUACUGUACUGAUAAAAUUUCUAUAGUAGGAUAUUUUGUUGUGUAUCAUUUGACUUUGA